UUUAACAACAGAGGACAACACAAUCAAGGACAAGACAGAGAUAACUAACCAGUGACAUUUUUUGACAAAUCGGUAAACAAUGAUCAAUGCAACCAUUUUAAGUGCAUUUUCCUUAUCAGGAUUAAAUGACAUAACAGCAAAGCACAGAGUUGCUCUUUUCUCUGUCACCCUGUUGUGUUACAGUGUGAUUUUUCUUGUAAAUGGUGCUCUUAUUGUUACUAUCAUAUUGGAGGAAAAACUUCAUGAACCCAUGUACAUCUUCCUAUGUAAUCUGUGCAUUAAUAGUCUUUAUGGGACAGCAGGCUUUUACCCCAAGUUCCUUUUUGAUCUAUUGUCUAACACUCAUGUUAUAUCUUAUGCUGGUUGCCUGUUGCAGGUCUUUGUAAUCUACUCCUAUGUAGCAACAGAUUUUUCUUUUCUAGCCCUGAUGGCCUAUGACCGAUAUGUGGCUAUAUGUCGACCACUGGAGUAUCACUCUGUUAUGACUAAACAUAGGGUUGUUUUGUUGGUGUGUUUCUCCAGACUUGUACCUUUCCUCUGUCAGACUAUUGUGAUGAUAAUGACCUCUAAACUGGAGUUAUGUGGCUCCCACAUAGAAAAACUUUAUUGUGAGAACUGGUCAAUCCUCAAACUUUCCUGCAAUUCAAUAACAACAAAUAAUAUUGUUGGAUUUGUCAUCAUAUUUUUCUAUUUUGGGCAUGACCUUUUCAUUGUGUGUUCUUAUGUGCAGUUGGUAAAAUCAGCUUUAAAGUCAGGAGAGGGCAGGAGGAAGUUUAUGCAGACAUGCGUGCCACAUUUAUUAUGUUUGCUUAAUGUCACAGUUGCUCUGCUUUUUGACCUCAUGUACGCUAGAUAUGGAUCAAGCUCUGUAUCACAGAGUGUAAAGAAUUUCAUGGCCAUACAGUUUCUCGUGAUUCCACCUAUUCUCAACCCUAUUAUUUAUGGACUUAAACUGACUCAAGUUCGCAACAGUUUUUUAAGUUUGUGUACAGACAACAAACAAGGAUUAGGCUGAUACAUUGUGAAAUUGUGUUUUCAGGUCAGCCUUUCUAUCAUCAGGUUCCCAUAUGAUAUGGGAAAGUGAUGGUCAGACAUGUGGCCUGACCUUUCUUUCAAAGCAUUGGAAUAUAUCCAAUGACAUGAACCCCCUUUCUAUUUCUGCUUCCAGAAUUUGGUUGACGAAUAGAUAUGAACACUGAGGUGCGCUUUCUGAGAUUUUUCACAUCAUAGUUCUUUAAACAUUUCAUGAUAUCUUUUUAAAAUAAUUCAUCAGAAAAACAACAACAUUGUUAGUGUCUAAGGAUACACAAGCUGAUGCAGAUUCCACAUGUAUAAUAAUUGUAAGAACUGAAGAGGCUAAGUAUUGAUACAUACUUUGAGUUGUCAACUACAUUUUAAGUUUUCGUUGACUCUGUUUCAGAGAGGUGUUGAUUAAACUUUGUGGUCAUUCUGGA